AAAAUGGAAAAGUAUUCAAAAUUUGUGGAUUUAUUAUCUAUAAGAAGACAAGAUUGUGAUAUUUUAUGGGCUUCUCGCCCAAUGGACCCAUUAUCACCACAUAAACUUCCACCAGAAUCUAAAUAUUCUAGAAAUCAAAUGAUUAAGGCAGUGUUAAAUGAUGAAAAUGUUAAGUUAGCAAUUACUUCUUUGGCUGCAGUAUAUCAAACAGGUGUAAAAGAUGUAACCAAAAGGGCUCAUGUUAUAAUAAAUGAAAUGGCUAGUAAAGCACACUUAGCCACUGUUCGUUGGAUAGGUGUAAUUAUUACAAAAGUUCUUAAAAGAAUUUUUAUGAGUAUUUAUAUCAAUGAAACUACAAUAUACAAAAUGAAAAAGGAAAUGCAAAUUUCUCAAGUUCAAUAUGUUUACGCACCUUCCCACAGAAGUUACUUAGACUUUGUAUUACUAUCAUACAUAUUAUUUUCUUAUAACAUGGCACUUCCAAAUAUUGCAAGUGGGAUGGAUUUCUAUCAAAUGCAUAUAAUAGGGGAGUUGUUAAGAAAAACAGGAGCUUUUUACAUGCGACGUAGCUUUGCUAAUGAUUUGUUAUACAAAAGAAUAUUUAGUGCAUAUGUAAUGUCUCUAGUAAAGCAUAGUGACAGAGCCAUUGAAUUUUUCAUUGAAGGUACUCGAAGCAGAAGUUUGAAGAGUAUAAUACCAAAGUUUGGCCUUCUAUCAAUCAUUUUAGACAGCUUAUUAGAUGGCAGUGUACCUAAUAUAUAUUUUGUACCUAUUAGUAUUAAUUAUGAACGACCCCCAGAAGAAUUGUUAUUUGCAUAUGAACUUUUGGGAGUACCAAAACCAAAAGAAUCUACUGUUGGUCUCCUUCAAUCUCUAUCUAUUUUACAGAAACCACAUGCUUAUGGUUGUGUUGUUUUUAAUAUUGGAGACCCUAUACCAGCAUGCCAAUUUUUAAAGAUGGAACAUCGUAAAGCAAAAGUGCUAUCACCUUAUGCAAAAUUACCAACAACUGUUACUGAGAAGUUGGCUUAUUCUAUAAUAGACUCACAUAAAAGAAACACAAUACUUAUACCUUUUAAUUUAAUUGCCUUAUUAUUUAAUGAGAGAAGUCAAACAUGUACAGAUGAUCCAUAUACAUUAGAUAACUUAAUCAGUGAUUACUUAUGGUGUAAAAAUCUUUUAGAAGCAUUUAAUGCAACAGUUCAUACAGGGAGGUCAUUUGAUAGAGAUGAUGAAAUUGCAAACAAUGUGAAACAAGAAAUAUUAGAUACUUUAAAGCCUCAUGAAGAAUUACUUAUGUUUGAUACAUUAAACAUUUUGAGACUUAAAGAAAGGCACAGAGAAACAAAAUUAAAGAGCAAUGCUCGUGUUAAGGGACAUACUUUAUCAGAAAGAACUAUGAGAAUAGCUAUACCUGUCAUUAAUAUUUCAAUUUAUUUAAAUCCAGCUUUAUCCUUUUUGAUAAAACCAGCUAUUGCCACUGUAGCAAUAGGAAUGAAAAACAUUGAGCUUGCAAUUGCAUUCAAACGAUAUGCGCUAUUAAGAACAUUAUUGAGUACAGAAUUUGCAAUGCCUUUAAUAGAAGAUGAAUCUGUGAUAAAAUCAGAAUGGGAAGAAACGUUAAAUUUAUUAUCAAAUCGAAAUUACAUAAGUAUUGACAAUAAUACAUAUAUACAGAGGAAAGAUACCAAAGUAUUUUCCCUUUUAUAUAAUGUAAUAUUACCAUUUAUAGAUACAGUAUACGUUACAUGUCUUGUCUUAUUUGAGUGGGAUGAAUCAAAAUCAAAUUAUAUAACGACGCAAGCAGUUUUGGUUGAAACACAGAAACGAAUAGAAGAAGCGUUUCUCGAAGGACGCGAAUGGGGACAACACCCUUAUUCUUUAUCGCUUGAUUUGAUUAAUACAACAAUAUACAAUCUACUAACACAAGGUAUUCUAGUACCAUAUGAAAAACGAAAUAUGUACCAAGUUGACAAAAUUCAGUUGGCGCUAAUUCUUGCACAAUUGAAAAAUCUUUCGCUAAAACGACCAUUAGGUUUAUAUCUUUAUAUGGCGUUAUUGCCUAUAUUACCACCCCCUUUAUCUGCUAAAUUAUAA